GUGUGUGCGUUUGCGUCUCGCCUCCACCGCGCAGCACCGGUGAUAGUGCGACAGGAUUGGUUCCGUUUUUGCACACAAAUAACUAGUUGGAUACCUAUCGGGGGGCCAGUCCAAAGGUGUGAUGAUGUGCGGACAUAGUCCAUUCCCGAAAGGAUGCUGUGGAUGAGUUGGAAGCGGCCCGACCCAACGGAAGUUUUCAGUGGAUGUUAGUAAUUUGAUUGGAUCGAUUCGGUGACGAGAGUAGAAAGUGAAAGUGUGGAGGUGUGAUCGAUAGAGAAUUAGUCUUCGUUUCCUAAGUGGUUUUCUAGUGUAGCCAACUGAAACCUGUGGUAGCUGUAGGAAAUAAAAAAAAACUAGUGUUUUAGAAACUAAGUAAAGUAAAAGUGUUAACAACCUUCAUCACUGUGCUUUGGAUGAAAGCUUUAAUCGUAGUAGCCGUUUCCAUGGAUUAAAAACCCCUCGCUGUAACGGAUACAUGUUCCAAAUCUUAUGAAAAUCAGGACCAAAUCCCCAGCCAAACCAAACCGGAUCCCAGGACAAGCUAGUUAGUCCUCUUUCGUCGUAGGAGCUCCCUUGUUGUCGUGUACCAAGUAGCCACAGCAAAGAGCAUCGAAUUUCGUUACCCCAGCCUACUAGGAGUAGCUAAUAAGCGCCGGCAGACGUGCGUCGGUCGUCGGUCGAGCUUCGCUCAAAAUAGAAACCAGAUACACUAUAGUGAUUUAUCCUACUGUUCGGUGGAAUGUCUGUUUCCGUCGGCCAACUUUCCUAGUCAGUAGAGUUUUAAAAUCGAAUCUGCGUCAAUCCGUGGUCGUGGAUGGAGAAAUAUAGAUCCUUAAAGUAAACGAAAAGUCAAUUACCAGAGCCCGAAAGGACUGAUAGAGUUUCAUAUACCUACAUCUAGAUUAGGAAGUUAAGGAACAAAUAUUUACCGAAAAAUUUUAAUCCUCAAACAAACAGUUGACUGUGCAAGAACCAUGCCGAAAAUAGAUCAACUUUCGAUCGACAUCAUCAUCAUCAUCAUCGCCACCAUCAACAUCGAGUGUUGUGCGGCUUUUGCCGAAAAGUUCCGUGCAGUUUAAGGCUGAAAAGUGCUCGACACAAAGUGUAAAGUUUGAUUAGCUUUUUGAUUCCCAUCAGUGGCACCGGCACCGGAACAACAGGUAGAUUCGAUUCGAUUGAUUUUGUUUGCCGUUCAGUCAGAUCCCGAUUCCUAGUGGAAAAGUUUGACACUCCCUCCCAGUGUGUGCAUUUUAGUGUUGUGUCAGACGAAAACCGUAGUGAGUCCUGUGUAAAAUAGAUGUCAGCACCAAGCUAUUCGUGAAGUUUAAAAGAGCAAUCGGUAUUUGUUCGUGUACCGCCUACUUUGAUUUAUAUGUUUUAUAUGUUAGUCCUACUGACGGUCGACAGAAGUCGGGAACAAAUUUGUUUGUGUGUUUAAUCGGAAUAACACCCGACUACAACCAAACAGUGUCCCUGGAUGUGCUAAUCUAUGUUCCUUCUUCUCUGCGGUUUAUCCGUUACCACCAUCCCUCUUCCCCGUUCCUGCAAAUGUGUGUUGCCGUGUGACUAUUCGUACUAUGGGAGCACUCGCACCGCACCAAUGUCCGUAGAGCAAGAACCACCAGUCAACAGUAUGUCGCUAUUCUUCUUCCGGCUGCACAACCUCCAGCGCGAGGAGGCCAACAAAAAGCGCAAAAAGGCCCAACAGCAGCAGCAGCAGCGCCAACGGCAGCGUCGCGGGGCCAAAGUGUUUCGCGGAGCGUCCUGCAACUCCGGCAUCAGCCAGCUAACGCUCGGACCGUCGCGGCUCUUCGAGAAGACACCGAUGAGCCCGUCGGACAGUUUGGACGAGAUCGCGCUGCAGAUUCCAAGAGUACGGGUAGAAUACUAUGUAAAUGAAAACACAUUCAAAGAAAGACUGCAACUAUAUUUUAUAAAGAAUCAAAGAUCAAGUUUAAGGAUACGAAUAGCUAAUUUACUAUUUAAGUUACUAACUUGCAUUUUGUACAUAUUUCGAGUAGUUUCGGACCUAGAUCCAACGUUCGCAACGUGCCACGGUUGCAAGGUUUCGAACAAGACGGAGUUCCUGGACUCGGCCAAACUGACGGAGGAGGAGUUCCAGGAGAGCCCGAUCAUCAACUGGGACGCAAUCCUGUGGGUGAACCGGUCGACGGAGCUGUGGGCGGUGCAGCUGGUCCUGGCGCUCAUCUCGCUCACGGAGGCCCUCCUGAUUGCCUACCUCGGGUACAAGGGAAACAUAUGGCAGCAAAUUCUAUCGUUUCAUUUCAUUCUGGAACUUGUUACAACGAUACCAUUCACAAUCACGAUUUUAUGGCCGCCAUUCAGGAAUUUGUUCAUCCCAGUGUUCCUCAACUGUUGGCUGGCUAAGCGCUCUCUGGAAAAUAUGUUCAACGACCUGCACCGAGCGAUGCAGAAAUCACAAUCAGCCCUCUCCCAGCAGCUAACAAUUCUGUCGGCAACCCUACUGUGCUUGGUUUUCACAAGCGUCUGCGGGAUCCAGCACUUCCAGCGAGCCGGUCACCGGCAUCUGAAUCUCUUCCAGAGUACGUACUACGUGGUGGUGACGUUCUCAACCGUCGGUUACGGUGACUUCGUGCCGGAUAUCUGGCCCUCGCAGCUUUACAUGGUCAUCAUGAUCUGUGUGGCGCUGAUCGUACUGCCGACGCAGUUCGAACAAUUGGCCUUCACGUGGAUGGAACGGCAGAAACUGGGCGGUAGCUAUUCAUCCCACCGGGCCCAAAGCGAGAAGCAUGUGGUCGUCUGUUCCACCACGUUGCACGCCGACACCAUCAUGGACUUCCUGAACGAAUUCUAUGCCCACCCACUGCUGCAGGACUACUACGUGGUGCUGCUGAGUCCGAUGGAGCUGGACACGACGAUGCGGAUGAUACUGCAGGUGCCAAUCUGGGCCCAACGAGUCAUCUACAUUCAGGGAUCUUGCCUAAAGGACGGUGAUCUGGCCCGGGCCCGGAUGGCUGAGGCGGAGGCGUGCUUCAUCCUGGCGGCGCGAAACUACGCCGACAAGACGGCCGCCGACGAGCAUACGAUACUGCGGUCGUGGGCGGUCAAGGAUUUUGCGCCUAACGUACCGCAGUAUGUGCAGAUUUUUCGACCCGAGAACAAGCUGCACGUGAAAUUUGCCGAGCACGUUGUAUGCGAGGACGAGUUCAAAUACGCCCUACUGGCGAACAACUGCACGUGCCCUGGGGCCAGUACGCUGGUGACGCUGCUGCUGCAUACGUCAAGAGGACAAGAAGGCCAACAGUCGGCAGAGGAGUGGCACCGACUGUACGGCAAGUGCUCCGGGAACGAGAUCUACCACAUCGUCCUCGGUGAUAGUCGGUUCUUCGGGGAGUACGAGGGAAAGAGCUUUACGUACGCUAGUUUUCAUUCGCAUAGAAAAUACGGCGUUGCCUUAGUUGGUGUUAGACCGGCCGAAUUACCUGAAUUCUACGAAGACACGAUUCUGCUGAAUCCCGGACCACGACAUAUCAUGAAAAAGGAUGACACCUGUUACUACAUGAGCAUCACAAAGGAGGAAAAUUCUGCCUUCGUGGUGAACCAGAACCAGAACCAAAGUCCCGACCAGCCACCCAAGGAGGUCUCGAGGCAUAACAACAACAACAACGACAACAACUGUACGACCGCUAGCAAUAAUCCGCAAAUGGCCCCAGUGCCUUCCGUCUGUGUACGAGUGCCUCACAGUCCGAGCCUGUGUUCGAUCAACUCAGACAGUCCCGGGUCACCGCGGAGCACUAGCAAACCCCCCACGUGUAUCGUGCUGGACAGUGAUGUCACGACACUGGCCGUGCCCACCUACACCGAGGGCGCCAUCAACUCUGCAUCCAACGCCAUCAACGUGUCGGACUCGAAGCCCAACCUGAAGGAUACCACAACUCCGACAACGGCUACUACGCAGUCCACCCUGGGACCGCCGUCCAUCAGUACGGCUAAUCAUCUGGAAAUACCGACCAACAACAAUCCUAACCUGCUCAGCCCGGAUAUACUCAACCAGCGGAGAGGAAGCCGAAGACCGUCGAUUUUGCCGGUGCCGGACAUGUUUACGUCCUCCUCGUUCAGCAUAUCCGGCGAGGAUGGAAUCGAUGGGGAGGAUAACGAGAGCGAUGAUGAACUGGAUGACGACGUCCCGUGGAGGUCGCCCUCGGAGAAGAUCGCCGGCCUCGGAAGUGCCGAACUGUCCCUUCUGCAAACGCUCGCUCUGAGCUCAUCCGGCGAGUCGAAAUGUUGUAGCUCGACAUCCGAUAGCAAAGAUUCAACUCAUACACCUCCUGCAUGGCGAACCGAUUGCUCCCGAAUUGUCAAAGGCUUCCCGCCCGUAUCGCCUUUCAUCGGAGUCAGUCCGACGUUGUGCUUCCUACUCAAGGAGAAGAAACCGCUCUGUUGCCUACAACUUGCUCAAGUCUGCGAACACUGUAGUUACCGUAAUGCAAAGGAGUACCAGUGGCAGAACAAAACCAUUAUCCUAGCUGCCGACUACGCCUCCAAUGGCAUUUACAACUUCAUCAUACCGUUACGGGCACACUUCCGCUCGAAAACCUCACUGAAUCCAAUUAUUUUGCUGCUGGAAAGGCGACCAGAUAUAGCCUUCCUAGAUGCCAUCUCCUACUUUCCAUUGGUUUACUGGAUGUUGGGUUCCAUCGAUUGCUUGGAUGAUCUGCUGCGUGCUGGUAUCACGCUAGCCGAGAACGUUGUCGUAGUCAAUAAAGAACUUUCGAACUCUGCCGAGGAGGAUACGUUGGCCGAUUGCAACACGAUCGUUGCCGUGCAAACUAUGUUCAAGUUCUUCCCAAGUAUCCGCAGCAUAACCGAAUUAUCGCAGAGCUCGAACAUGAGGUUCAUGCAGUUCCGAGCGCACGACAAAUAUGCCCUUCACCUGAGCAAAAUGGAGAAGGUAACUUACGCCCUCGAUGCACUACUACUUCCGGUAGGGCCCGAUCGUACCAAUUCCGUUGAUACUUUUAAUGAUCUCCAACAGCGAGAGAAGGAGCGCGGUUCGCACAUAUCGUACAUGUUCCGGCUGCCGUUCGCCGCCGGAAAUGUUUUUAGCGCAUCGAUGCUGGACACGCUGCUGUAUCAGGCGUUCGUCAAGGAUUACGUGAUCACCUUCGUGCGGUUACUGUUGGGGAUCGAUCAAGCGCCCGGCAGUGGAUUCCUGACAUCGAUGAAAAUCAGCAAGGAUGACAUGUGGAUCCGCACCUACGGUCGGCUGUACCAGAAGCUCUGUUCGACCACAUGUGAGAUACCGAUCGGAAUCUACCGCACACAGGAAACCAGCGGUUCGGAAGCGUCACAUGUGAGUAGUUCACCCAUCACCGAAAAAUGGCGUCCGUUCGGAUCCUUCGGCUUUAAACAUUGUGUGCGGUUGCGACCAACGUACGAGGAGGAAGUGGUAACGACAACGGCCACCGCCAGCAGCACCUCCGCUUCCGGUGUCCCAAUCAAGGGCGUCGCGGAGGCAAAUCUCCGUGGCGUCACCUAUCGGCCGCCACCCUCGACGGUACGCAAAUCGUCAUCCUGUCUCGGAGGAUGUACCGGCCGCCGCGGAUCGAGCAUUUUACAAGCCUUGCCAAGGUACUCGAUAAACAUGGCCGACGAAGCGCGCGACAAUCACAUGCAGCAGAUCGAACGGGCGGAGAUAGCGAACCUGGUCCGAAGUCGCAUGGAAUCCCUGAACCUGCCGAGCAUAGACUACGACGAUGUCAGUGAAAAGCGGAACAAUCUGUCCUACGUGAUCAUCAACCCGUCGUGCGACUUGAAGCUGGAGGAGGGCGAUAUUAUAUACCUCGUACGCCCGUCGCCAUUCUCCGCCCAGAAAACGUUCGAGCGGCACAAUUCGCGCCGCAAAUCCAACAUAUCAUUCUGCUCCAAUAUCAAUCUGGCAGCAGCGGCGGCCGGUUCCCGGCGUGGAUCAGGCAUCGGUCUGAACACCAUUGGUGGCCCUCAGCCGAUGUCAGGUUACGUAACGCCACGAGCUCCCCCGCUGGUCACAACAAAAUCGAAUUCUUUGUCUCUUCCAGAUAGUCCUAAUGCAAUGGGACAGAUGAGGGGACGGAGCAACUCUCUACGGAUCGACAGUGACAUCCUGCUGAGGCGAUCGAACUCGCUGCGACAGGGACUGCCGAACAUCGGAAACACGGGCAGACGGAAAUCAUCGCUGGAGGAAAUCGGAAUCAGUCACUUCGCGACUCUGAUGCAGGCGACGAAUCACAGCAACCCGAUCAAGAUUGCCCUCAACGGAAGCAUUGGAUUGGAGGUCACACCCCCAGAGGAACCGCUACCCAUCAUCGGUGUCCCGGUGCCAUUCGGUAGCGGUGGUGGUAUAAACCCUUCGAUCCUCGGAGCGUCCAGUGGAAUGAGUGGCUCAACACUCGGGCUCAGCACCAUCCACGACUCGGGCAAUGGAAACUCGAAUGGUGGAGGGGGAGGAGGUGGUGGUGGUGGCGGCGGCGGCUCUGGCAGUAGUGGUGGCGGUGGUGGUCUAGUCGGUGGAUCCACCUCGAAUCUGUCCAGCAUGCAGAGUGAGUCCGGUCAGCAGCCGCAGCACCUCCACGGAACGAUAGUAUGAUAUAACUUAAUGUGGGGCCGCAGGCUCCGCUCGGCGGUACGAAACAACAAGUGGAUAUAGAAGGAGCCUCACACCCGUAGCAGCCGCGGCAGAUACUAGCACAGAAGUGUCUGCCUGGAUGCAUGUAUCCACUAGAACUAAUACGGGAGCAUUAUCAGUAGUAAUUUUUUUUUUCGACGCUUGAACUGAUUAGCGGUAGGAGAAUGCAGUAGCAAAUAUGAUGGUUUUGGUGGAAUCGUGAUCCUACGUAUAAACUAGCCUCAGACAGCACAGCAGCACUAGCCAAAGUGAAAGGAUGAAGAAUCGACGCAAGACGGUUAAAACGGUGACAUUCAAUGAAUGUAAUUAUUAUCAACAGUAGCAAACCACGCAGCACAACAAAUCACAUAAAGAACAAAGUAUCGUUGGGAUCAAAUUGACACACAAACGCUGGAAGACACACUAGGACAUGGAUUAUCCAAUUUGUUUAUGUAGAAGAAAACAUUUAGGAGAUCCUAUACAAGUAUCAAUAUUUUUGUUACUACCUAUCUAUAAUCAGGUUAAUCACCGAACCAAAAACAAUUUGGUUUGUUUUGUAAUUGUAAAUAUCUAGUCGUUAAUCCUAAGCCGCCAUUAGGAACAACCAGCAGUAUCAAAUAUUACAAAAUAGGAGACAUUGUACAUAUUGCCGCUGGAGCAAACCAAGCAUGUCGUAAUAAUUAACAAUAAUGUCCUGCGGGAGGCAGGCAAAAGACGCGUACUGAAUCAGCAGCACAUCCAAAUAUUGUGACUAUUUUCUGCAUAAAUAAACCCCAACGGCGAUUGUCAUUGUUGGUGUA